AUGCCAGUAUCGAGGCGCAAGAAGCCCAGCGCAGCCAGCGACAGCGAGUACGACGGCGAUGAUGGCAGCCUCGACUCGGCAAGGCCUGCCAAAGCGGCACGCAGGUCGGCGGCGGCGGGAACAAAGGUCCGCCUCGACGCUGCCAUCGCUGCCGCUGAGCCGGGCUGGCCCAGACUGCCAGCACAGCCGGGCAGACGCCAUGGCGCGAGCUAUCACCGCCCACAGAUGCUCGACGACAACACCGCCACCACAAGCCUACUAGAGUGGUUCGAGGGUGUCAGCAAGGAUCGGCAGAUGCCGUGGAGGCAGGAGUGGAUCGACCCGACCGCGGGAUCCUCGGGCUCGGUCGAGCAGCUGCUCCGCGUGCGGGCCUAUCAGGUCUGGAUCUCAGAGAUCAUGCUCCAGCAGACGCGCGUCGAGACCGUCAAGUCGUACUGGACCAGCUGGAUGGCAAAGUGGCCGACGAUUGAGGCGCUCGCCGCGGCCCAGGCAGACGAGGUGCUGUCGGCAUGGCGCGGCCUGGGAUACUACAGCCGCGCCACGCGGAUCCAUACGGCGGCCAAGAAGGUGGUCGACGACGCGCACCUGCAGGGCAUGCUGCCGCAGCUGCCCGAGGAGCUCGAGAAGCAGGUCCCCGGUGUGGGCAGGUACACUGCGGGCGCGAUUUCGUCCAUCGUCUUUGGCCACGCCGUGCCCAUCCUCGACGGCAACGUGGCGAGGGUGCUUUCGAGGCAGAUGGCCCUCUACGCCAACCCAAAGGCAAAGGAGACAACGGAUCUGCUCUGGCUGGCGGCCGACCUGCUUGUCAAGCACGCCGUUGCUGCUGGCUCCGAAGGCGGCGGCGGGAAGAAGGUGCCCGACGGCAUCCCGGCGCGGAGUCGGAUACCCGGGCAAUGGAACCAGGCCCUUAUGGAGCUCGGAAGCACCAUGUGCACGCCGAAACCCAACUGCCAAGCCUGCCCAAUCCGAGCGACGUGCUUGGCUUACGCAGAGGGCCAGGACAUCGCGCUAAAGGAGUCAGAGAUGCGCGUGGGAUUCUCGGUCCCAUCCGAAAUCGCCGAUAUCGAGGAUGUGUGCACGCUGUGCGAGCCGAUACCUAGCGAUGAAGUGGACGGAGAGAGCGGGGAAGCGAUGCCGGCUAACGAGGCGGGUGCGACCGGCAAGAAAACCGCGACAGGGACGACGGCCGCCGCACAGCGACGAGGGCUGCGGCAGUCCAUGCUCAACUUCGGAGGGGCCAGGAAGACGGAGGGUAACGGAGUCAAGCACGCCGGCUCGACAAAGGCGCCGCUGACUGCCAGCCAGCUGGAGCGGAUCGAGGGACACGUCAAGCUGUUCCCGAUGAAGGCGGUCAAGAAGCAAGUGAGGCGCGAAGAGUGCCUCGUCUGCGUCGUCAGGCGGCCGGCGGGCGCGACGUCGGCAUUGGCAUCGACAUCGACAUCGACAUCGACGACGGUGCGCAAGGCGAGGAAGGCGUCCGCCACCGCCACGGCUGGGACCUCGUGGGAGUAUUUGAUUGAGCAGCGACCGGAUACCGGGCUGCUGGCGAGCAUGUGGCAAUUCCCCUCGCUGACGACCCUCGUCGAGGACGGCGAGCACAAAGCGGAAACGUACCCGGCCCGCCAGUCCAAGGACGUCGUGCGGCGCUUCGCCAGCACGGUGCUGCGACGCCACGCCGCCGCCGCCGCCGCCGCGGCCGCGCACCCGGACGACCGCAACGGCGCGCCUCGGCAUGUCGACAAAGACGACGACGACGACGACGAACUCGAGCCCGACAAGAGCGGGGCGGACAAGACCACGACCAAGAACAAGAACUUCGGCACGGGAAUGCACUACCGUGCUCCUGCGCGGUGGGCGUCCGAGGCCGAGGUAGAGGCCGAGAGCCUGGGCACGGGCAUGCGCAACUGCUGGGCCCUCGUGCAGGCGCACGGCAGCGCCUGA